AUGACUUCUUCUCCUCUGCCCUCUCACGCUUCACCAGUCAUAGCACCUCUGGCACGACCAUCUGCACAAUACCUCACUGGCUGGUCGGACCUCGAGAACAGCUCUCAACCAGGAACUCCUGGUGUCCCUCACAAUCUCAUUUCUCCAGCAUAUACACCUCCUCUCACUCCAUCGAUCCCUAGCACACCAUCCGGCCGACCUCAUUAUCGUACUCACGAGCCAGAGUCAAUUCCAGUGGACACUUCCCUUGACGAUUCUGUGACCAAGCAACCACGCCUCGUGCAACAUCUGCCGGUGGUAGAAUGUCUCGUUCGCGCGCGUAUCCCCACCACUUCAGGCGCAGAAAUGUUCCUGCAUCUGUACCAGAAUGAUAGCGACAACAAAGAACAUUUAGCCAUUGUAUUUGGAAACAACAUCCGGAGUCGCAGUUUGGAUGCCGAAAAGACGGGCGAGACCGAGAUGGACCGCAUGAUUCGAGGCGCAUACGUCGGACGUUUACGACCUGGUCGCACAAGCAGCAGACGCGAAGACGAGAACGAUUUACGACGAAAAGUUCUCAGACCAGACGCUGGGACGAAGCGCCGGAAAAGGAGUGGCAGCAGUCUCAAGAACGUCAGCGUACCAGAAGGAGAGGCUGUAGACUAUAUGAGUGCUUCUACGUCUACCACUUCUCCCACACACUCAGAUGGUGCAUCCACACCUCCAUUGUCAGGAACAGCUGCCUCAACCCAAUCACAGGAUGAACAAAACGCCGAAUCAAUAUCCUCACGUCCUCAACCUCCAGCAAUACCACCAGGUAAUCCAGCCUCAGCGCCACCUACAACCCCUCCCAUCCUCAAACCCCCGCUCGUCCGCAUCCAUUCCGAAUGUUACACAGGCGAGACUGCCUGGUCCGCUCGCUGCGAUUGUGGUGAACAACUCGAUGAAGCCGCUCGUCUCAUGUCCACAUCCUCUCUACUCAACCCCGACCCAUCCACGAUUGGUGGUGUCAUCGUCUAUCUCCGUCAAGAAGGACGCGGCAUUGGUCUUGCGUCAAAACUCAAAGCCUACAACCUACAAGAUCUAGGAAAUGAUACGGUCGAGGCAAACCUCCUCCUUCGUCAUCCGGCAGAUGCGCGCACAUAUGGUCUCGCGACGGCAAUAUUGCAAGAUUUAGGACUAGGGACAGACACAGACCAGGAGAAAAGGCCGCAAGCGAGAGGAAUUCGAUUGCUUACCAAUAACCCAGAUAAAGUCAGGGCAGUAGAAGGCCCGGGAAGAGAGGUCAGGGUUGUGGAGAGAGUCGCCAUGGUGCCUGUUGCUUGGAAGACAAAGGGCGAGAGAGGUGUGCAGGGUGAGGAACUGACAAGGUAUCUGGAGACAAAAAUUGGAAGGAUGGGACAUAUGAUUCAUGAAUGA